AUGGGAGGGGGGACUGCUGGAGUUUUUCGUAAUGCCUCUGGUGCUUGGGUGUAUGGUUUUACCAAACCACUGAGACAUACCAAUAUUCUCCAAGCUGAACUGCUAGCCUUAUACCACGGGCUACAACUAGAAAAUGCUCACAAUUUCAGACCUUUACAAGUGGAGACGGACUCUCAAGUACUCCUACACAUCCUAUCUAGUGCUCCACUAAAACACUCACAUAUCAUUUUUGCAUGCAAGUCGAUGCUCCGGGAUCUCCAGGUGACCCAGAUCCAACACACAUUUAGGGAAGGCAAUGUUGUGGCAGAUGUAUUAGCCAAACAUGGGAAGACAAUCAAGAAUUUCCAACAUACUGAUGUUCUCCUUUUUGAAAAUCCAACUUAUUUUGCUUUACCGCUUUUAGCUACUGAUGUAACCAGAAUUGUAACUUUUCGUUCAGUUCCAACCCCUGUAACGCACUAG